UUACUGAAUAAUUACAUAGUUUGAGUUGGGAGUAUACGCUGAUAGUGCUUUUCCGCACCCACCACACAAGGAAUCCUCUGGAUUGGGACCUAAAUACAAAAAGUACAUUUGAUUGGUGUGCUGCAAGAGAUCUUAAUGUUACAAACUACGGUCAAUGACGGAAGUGCCCUUUGACUAUUAACUAAAGCAGUCACGUAAAUUUGUCCGUAUUUAGGGCUAUCUUUCUUGUAUUUUUCCUCUUUCUUUUUCACCCUUCCUGGCUUUCAGCGCUCGAGUAUGGAGCUCUUUUGGACACUGAUUCUAUCCGCGAUCGUCUUGGGUCUUUUGCUGUUGUUACUUCAUGAACACUCGUCUCAGUACGCGAGGAUGCCGCCCGGUCCGACCCCAUUGCCUUUUAUCGGGAACCUGCUACAGCUGAACUCAAAAGCACUCCACGAGAGUUUUAUGGAGCUGAAAGAGAAGUAUGGACCUGUGAUGACGGUGCACUUGGGUCCGAUGCCCCUCGUAGUUCUUGUCGGGUUCGAAGUGGUUCAUGAAGCGCUGGUACAACAGGCUGACGUGUUUGCUGGGAGAGCGGUGCCGCCUCUGAUUAAGGAGCUCACUCUUGACUUCGGUUUUGUGCAAAGCAAUGGAGAACGCUGGAAACAACUCCGUCGCUUCUCCCUGUCCACCUUGAGAGAUUUUGGAAUGGGACGGAGCAGGAUUGAGAAGUGGAUUCAAGAAGAGGUUAAAUAUCUCACUAAUGAAUUCCGAAAAACCAAAGGAUCUCCAUGUGAACCCACCCCCUUUUUGAGCCGGGCGGUGUCCAAUGUCAUCUGCUCCAUUGCAUUUGGUCAGCGGUUUGAUUACCAAGAUGAAAACUUUGUCAAACUCCUGACUUUGGUUGACGACAGUAUGCAUUUGUUCAGCAAACCCAUUACACUGCUGUAUAACAUAUUUCCAGCACUCAUUAAAUUAAUACCUGGGCAUUUCAAGAAGAUGUUAUUGAACGUGAAUGAAAUAAAACAAUUUACUUCAGCAAUUAUUGAUAAACAUAAAGCAACGCUGGUUAGUGACAGUCCUCGGGAUUUUAUAGACAGCUUCCUCAUCAAAAUGAAACAGGAAAGUAAGAACCCAGAUACAGAGUUCAACUAUGACAACUUAAGCAUCAUAAUUUUAGAUUUCCUUACUGCGGGAACGGAGACCACCAGCACCACACUGCGAUAUGGGCUGCUGAUCCUCAUGAAAUAUCCCCACAUCCAAGAAAAGGUCCACAAAGAGAUUGAUAUGGUGAUUGGUCGAGACCGUGCCCCUGCUAUGGAGGACCGGAGGAAAAUGCCCUAUGCUGAUGCUGUAUUCCAUGAAAUCCAGAGGUUCAUUGAUCUUCUCCCCUUAAAUGUUUUGCAUAUGACAACAAAGGACACUGUCUUUAGAGGCUACACCAUUCCAGAGGGUACAGUGGUGGUCCCCAUGCUUCACUCGGUGAUGUUUGAAAAGACAAAAUGGGCAACCCCAGACUCCUUCAACCCCGGUCACUUCCUGGAUGAAAAUGGCUGCUUCAAAAUGAGUUCCUCUUUCAUGCCGUUUUCUACAGGAAAGCGCAAAUGUGCAGGUGAAGGUCUAGCCAUGAUGGAGCUCUUCUUGUUUUUCUCAACCCUCUUGCAGAACUUCUCAUUUCGCCCCAUAGAGGAUCCUGCCAAUAUCAGCCUGUCACCAGAUUCCAAGUUAAUUAUUAAAAUUCUCAGGCCAUAUAAGUUUAUGGCCAUCCCCAGAUAGCAAGAGAGUAAAUAUUUGAGCACAGAGCUACAUCAAACACAAGAAGAGAUUAAACAAGUAAGCAAAUACAUACUAUAAGAAUAUUCUUAAUUUUAGCACGUUUUCACUAUAUUAAAUGAAGUCUGCCAAUGCCUGUCCUUUUGUUAAUCUGUUUGCUUCAUGAUGUAUUUUGGAAGGUACUAUAUGGAAAAUCUAUUAGUAGGAAACUAAAAUACAAAAAAAGAAUUAACAGAUUUCAUUAUCCCCACUACAGUGGAACCUCGGGUCACGACUGUAAUUCGUUCCAAAACUCUGGUCACAACCCGAUUUGGUCGUGACCUGAAGUAAUUUCCCCCAUAGGAUUGUAUGUAAAUACAAUUAAUCCGUUCUGGACCGUACAAACUGUAUGUAAAUAUAUAUUUUUUAAAGAUUUUUAAGCACAAAAAUAGUUAAUUAUACCAUAAAAUGCACAGUGUAAUAGUAAACUAAAUGUAAAAACAUUGAAUAACACUGAGAAAACCUUGAACAGAGAAAAUAUUGCAAGAAUUCACACUAUAGCCUUACGACCCGCUCGCUGUAAACUUUUUUUUAAUGAGUUUUAAGCACAGGGGAAAAAAAUGAACAUUUGAAAAAUCCGUAAUUUAUACAAAAACUAAACAUAAACAAUCAAGAAAACUAACCUUGCAUGAGUCGAGUUCUGGCAUGAAGGAAGUGAGGAGAAAGCUGGUUGGAGAGGAGGUUACAGUUUUGAGGGAGAGUCCGGCUCUGCGAUGGAGGGAUGUUCUCCUUCAGGUGUUUUCUCUCUUGUGAUUUCUUGGGUUUCUGGUGUUUGUAGCUGUUUAGCUGGUGGAUCAGACUUCGUGAAAUAGCCGUCUAAAGUGACUUGCCUUUUCCUACGCAUUAACAUUUUUCACAAAUGCGAGACGACAUUGUCAUUCAUCAUGUUUAUCACUCUGUUCGUAACCACUUUGUCAGGGUGAUUUUUCUGGAAAAAAUCCUGGCACUCAUUCCAUUUUUCCAUGAUGGCUUUUAUUGCAUCACUUUUUAUAACCGACCUUUCCUCUUCUUCCCCUGAGGACUGCUCCUCGGUGAGCAACCUAUGCUGCUCCUGCUGGAGUUCGAGUUCCUCCAUCGUCAGCUCCUCCUUGUGAUGCAGGACCAGCUCCUCAAUGUCCUCAUUGUCCACUUCAAGACCCAUGCUCUUGCCCAUGGACACAAUCUCAUCCACAACAGGAGGCUCAAAGCUUUCUAAAUCCUGUUCAGGAACGUAUUCAGGCCAAAGUUUCUUCCAGGCCGAGUUCAAGGUCCGGUAUGUGACGUCUUCCCAGGCUUUAUCAAUGAGGUUGAUGCAAUGAACGAUAUUAAAAUGGUUCUACCAGAACUCUUUCAGGGUCAAAGACGUCUCCUCGGUCACAUUGAAACACCUGGCGAAUAGUCCUUUGGUGUACAGCUUCUUAAAAUUUGAAAUAACCUGCUGGUCCAUGGGCUGCAGAAGAAGAGUUGUGUUGGGGGAGAGGAACACGACCUUAAUAAAGUCGUACUCCUUGACCAUAUCGUCAACCAAAUUUGGAGGGUGUGCCGGUGCAUUGUCCAUCAGAAGAAGGCAUUUUUCAGGCAGAUUAUUCUCUUCAAGAUAUCGCUUCAUGGCGGGAGCGAAAGAUUCAUGCAGCCAUUCCAAAAACAAGGUCCUUGUGACCCAACCCUUCGUGUUUGCCCUCCACAUCACGGGCAGUCUGGCUUUGUUUACAUUGUGCUGCUUGAAAGCACUAGGGUUCUCAAAUUGGUAAAAGACUAGUGGCUUCAUUUUUACGUCGCCACUAGCGUUACUACAUAGCAAAACGGUUAACCUCUACUUCAUUGGUUUAUGGCCGGGCAUAGCCCUCUCUUCCUGGGUAAUGUAGGUCCUCUUCAGCAUCCUCUUCCAGAACAAUCCGGUCUCGUCGCAGUUGAACACUUGUUGUGGGAUGUAGCCUUUGUCCUCCACUAAUUUUGUGAAAUUUUUCACAAAUUCUUUCACAGCUUCAGCGUUGGAACUAGCAGCCUCUCCAUGCCUUACCACACUAUGAAUGCCACUUCUCUUGCAAAACUUUUCAAACAAUCUUCUACUGGCUUUAAAUUCCUCACUUUCGCCACUCGUAGAAGGAUAGUUUUACAGCAAAUCGCCAUGAAUCUUCCUAGCUUUCUCGCAUAACAUCACCUCGCUUACGCUAUCCCCUGCAAGUUGCUUCUCGUUCAGCCACACUAGCAAUAGUUUUUCCACCUCUUCCAGCACUGGAGGCCUCUGCCUGGUUAACACUGUAACUCCUUUUGCAACAUCAGCUGCUUUAAUGGUCUCUUUCUGCUUUAGAAUAGUCGAUAUCAUAGAUAUUGACUUCUUGUACUCGGCAGCAAGAUCAGUAACACGAACGCCACACUCAUACUUUUCAAUAAUUUCUUUAAUUCGAUUUCAGUUUUAUUCGAACCUUUCUUCUCACCAACACUACCACUCUUCACUUGCGCCGCAGGGAAAUGUACUUUCUCCGGUCCUGUUCAGCCAAUAUACAUUGGACUUCCAAUACAACUCUGAGUCCUGCCACGUGCAAAAGUUCGCUGAUGACACUGCUAUCGUGGACUGCAUCAGGAGUGGGCAGGAAGAGGAGUAUAGGAACCUAAUCAAGGACUUUGUUAAAUGGUGCGACUCAAACCACCUACACCUGAACACCAGCCGAAACCAAGGAGCUGGUGGUGGAUUUUAGGAGGACCAGGCCCCUCAUGGACCCCGUGAUCGUCACAGGUGACUGUGUGCGCAGAGAGUGCAGGCCUAUAAAUACCUGGGAGUGCAGCUGGAUGAUAAAUUGGCCUGGACUGCCAAUACUGAUGCUCUGUGCAAGAGAGGACUGAGCCGACUAUACUUCCUUAGAAGACUGGCGUCCUUCAACAUCUGCAAUAAGAUGCUGCAGAUGUUCUAUCAGACGGUUGUGGCGAGCUCUCUCUUCUACGCGGUGGUGUGCUGGGGAGGCAGCAUUAAGAAGGACACCUCAUGCCUGGACAAACUGGUGAGGAAAGCAGGCUGUAUUGUAGGCAUGGAGCUGGACAGUGCACUCAGCAGGCUCCUAUCAAUUAUGGAGAAUCCACUGUAUCCAUUAAACAGUGUCAUCUCCAGACAGAGGAUCAGCUUCAGCAACAGACUGUUGUCACUGUCCUGCUCCACUGACAGACUGAGGAGAUCGUUCCUCCCCCAAACUAUGUGACUCUUCAGUUCCACCCGAGGGGGUAAACGUUAACAUUAUUCAAAACUAUUGUCUGCUUUUACCUGCAUUUUUAUUACUGUUUAAUUUAGUAUUGUUUUUUGUAUCAGUAUGCUGCUGCUGGAGUAUGUGAAUUUCCCCUUGGGAUUAAUAAAGUAUCUAUCUAUCGGUCUAUCUAUCUAGAGGCCAUGGUUAACUGCAAAAUUAAUGCAAAAGCACACGAAAUAGAGCACAAAGAGUUCACAGCAAAAGCACGCACGUCUGACCGAGAACAAUGUACAGCGAGAGACUGAACACGUGCGGAAAUCAUCCGCGCAUACAAACUGGAAGGGAAACUAAAUAGAGCACAAAGAGUUCACAGCGAAAGCACACAUGUCUGGCCGAGAACAAUGCAACAUGUGCGGAAAUCAUUGGCGCGUACAAACCUGAAGGGAAACUGGCUUGUUCAUCAACCGAGUGUGUGGUCGUGAAUAGAUGCAAAAGUUUGGCGAACUUUUUGGUCGUAACCCGAUUUGUACGCGUUCCGAGACAUUCGUGAACCGAGGUUCCACUGUACUUAAUUUUGGUUAAUUAUAAUAAAAGAAAUUUCCAAAGCAUAUCCUACUCUGGAUUUUACAGAGUAAUGCCAAUGACUGUUUUCCUUCCCUGUGUACACCAGAUGAGAUUCCUUUUGGUAACUGUGAAAUUUCAGUGCACUUUUUCUUUAAAUAUUAAUUCAGCUUUGUGGUGCCCAUUUGAAAAAUGUCAGUGCACAUUUUAGGAUUUUUAUUAUAAAGGUUUUCUUCAUUGAUGAUGCUACCUCAUAUUCCCAAGUAGUUCCCUAAGUUUGAAUCUCCAUUUAGUGAUUAUAAGGCAAAGUGUGACAGCAAUAUUACCAAUCCUGGAACAAUGGUGGUGAAACGUUGCAACAGUAAAAAUGAGUUAAAAAGUCCACAGAACCUGCAUAUUUAAAGGUGGCACAACUUUUUUUAUUUUUUUGUUUGCAUGUUCAAAUGAAUUUGUAAUCUGACAUGACUGAGAACCAAUAUCUAUCUUCAAAACUAAUAAAAAAUUAAUUCAUUUGUCAAAUGUGACCUAGUCGACAACCAUAAAUUCCAGUCCCAUGCAGAUUCUGACAUGCUGAUUUCAAAUUGUUUAUAGUGAAUAACCUCUUCAAAUUCAUUAGUUCAGAAAGCCUUUGAGAAGGUGUUGCAAGAGAGGUUGUUCAUCAAACCAAAAUAAGUGGGAGUUCAGGGUGUUGUGUGUAGAUGGGUGCAACAUUGUCUCAGAAAGAACAAAGAGAGGUUUACGGUGUGAGGUACCUUAUCAGAAUUGGCUGAUAUUAGAGUGGUGUACCACAGCGGUGAGUGCUAGGGCAACUGCUAUUUUUAAUAAAUAUGUAUGAUUUGGAUAGGAAUAUAAACAACAAGCUGGUUAAGUUUGCAACUGAUACUAAGCUUGGUGGAUUGGCACAUAAUCUAGAAUCCAUUGAAUCAUUACUGAGAGACUUGGACAGCAUAUACAGCAUUACUGAGAGACUUGGACAGUGUAUACAUAUUUGUGGCAGCUAAAAUUUAACAUAAGUAAAUGUAAAGUAUUUCACAUAGGAAGUAAAAAUGUUAGGCUUUAAUGCACAAUGAGAGGUCUGAAAGUUGAAAGUACACCUUAUGAGAAAGAUUUCGGAGUUGUAGUGGACUUGACGCUAUCAGCUCCCAGACAGUGUUCAGUAGCCAUUAAGAAGGUUAGGUGGUAUAGCACAAUGUAUAAAGCAUGAGUUCAAUGCUACUAAAAGGACAUAGCAACACUGGAAAAAGUUUAGGGAAGAGUGACUAGGCGGAUUCCAGAGCUACAGAGGAUGUUUUGAAGAAAGAUUAAAAGAGCUGAGCCUUAAGCAAAAAGAGAUUAAGAGGAGAUAUGAUUGAAUUGUUUAAAAUUAUGAAGGGAAUUAGUACAGUGGAUCGAGAUAUUUUAAAAUUAGUUCAGCAAGAGCACGAGGAAACCUUUGUAAACUUGUUAAAGGUAAUUUUUUUACAAAUAUUAGGAAGUUUUUCUUCACAUAGAGAACCAUACACAUUUGGAAAGAGUUACAAAGCAGUGUGGUAGACAAUAGGACUUUAGGGACUUUUAAGACUAGACAAUGUUAUUUUAGAAAAAUUAAGUGAAUAGGUCUGGUGAGCUUUGAUGGGAUGAUUGGCCUUUUCUCAAGUAGAAUGUUGUAAUGCUUGAUUGAACUGUUUGUGUUUUGUUUUCAUGAGAGUAAAAUGCAAUAUACAGACACCUCACUGAAUGCUUCUUAGUCCAGAAUGAUUUUCCAUAUACACAAGUCUAUUAUUCUUAAGAGGGAAUACUUUUUAUUUGCCAUUUAAUUUAAAUAAUAUACUGUAUAAAAAUCAUGAUUAUAAUCUGAAUUUCCUUAGGUUGACUGUUUUCUCUAUAUUUCCAUUCUUAACUGUUCCACUUCGUAUGCAUCCUUUCAGGGCAAGUUUCAAUCUUCUAAUGAUAUCUAUCUCCACUUACAUUCAGAACCUUGGUCCUCUGUCCUUCGCCUCCACUACUAUUUAACUCUAUUUCCCAUCAUUCAUUUUUUCUGUUUCAGGAAUUGAAUGCAGAUUUUUGAUAUAGGUUAUGCUAAUGUUGAAAGCUCAUGCUCAUAAUAGAAAAUUUCACCUGAAUGUUAGUCAUUAGAAAAGCCUCCUCUACCAGCCAUGCAGCCUGACGGAUAUUGAUUUGCAGACUAAAUAUUUAAUACUUUUAUGAUUAAAAAAAAAUGUAACGUGAUAAUUAGGAAUAAUUAAUAACAUUUUUAUGACUUUCAAAUACUUUCCUUUAAACAUAUCAUUUUUAAGGAUAUUCUAAGACUGGAUUUAUUACCAACUUGGUAUCUUUUUUUUUCUCUCCUUCAUGAAUCAUUUUAUAACAGAUGGGUUGGGUAGGAUC